AAAGGACGUCCUUCAUCACAGCGAUCCGGACUCGGACACAUAUCCUUUACCCGAAGGCGAACGAACUCAAGUCUGCAGCAGUACUAUCACUUACAUGCUUGAUGGCUAUGUCGGUCUUUCGGCUGAUUUGGCGCUGAUGGCGCAAGCUGCAGCGUUAGCUAAGGAGAGAAACCGGACAUUCCUAGUAGAUGACACAUACUGGAAUCGUGGAAAAUGGAUAGAUUACUUUCAGGAUGUGCGUGCUCGUCAACCAGGUCCAGAACCUGGGUGCCGCGCUCCUCCAUCAGAAGAACUCGUAGCAUGUCCCCGGACAGCUAGACACUGGGUCAUUAAUUCUCGCACUGCUAAAUGGCAUUUCGGUCAUGGAUUUUCUGAGAACUACGAAGACGCAUAUGCUCGUCAGCUGAACCGACUCAAGGUUAUCUACGAACGAGCCCGUGAAUCGUUACAGCACACAAUCCGGCCAAACGCAGCUACAGCACUUCUAAUCCGAUCCGUGCGCGCAGAGUUCGCCUCCCUUCUCCCCAACUCCACCUCUGGACUUUCGUCCAGCGACGUCGGUCGGUACAUUGCGGUGCACAUUCGACGCGGCGAUCGUUACGGCCUCUCAUGGAAAUAUCACGGCAAAUACAUCCCGAUCGAGGAUUAUGCCGAAGCCACCUCUUCUACCUGGUCUCGCCUAUUCCUCGACCCUGAUCUUCCUCCUUCGUCACACCCGCCUUCUCCAGUAGUGUACCUCGCGUUCGACGACCCGACCACACAAGAAAAUUAUCGCGCACAACUUCCGGCGGAUACGACACUCUUCUCUCUUGUGGAGAGUACGGACGGCGAGUUAAGAGCUCUGUCGAGUCCGAUCGCGUAUGUACAGAAAGAGUUCGAUGCGUUGUGGGAGGCGGAGAGAGUGAAGCGCACGAGGGGCAUGGUCGUGGACUUUGCGAUGAUGGGCGGGUUUUGGAACUGGGAAUCGGAAGGUAACAUCGUGCCAGGUGCUGUUGUAUGCACAAUUGGGUCUAAUGCCUGCAGACUCUCUGCAACAGGGUUAGGCUGGGACCGUGCAUUCGGACAUGUGUUUGGAGAUCAUGUUGAAGGGAACAUCGAUGAGCAAUACAAGCGGUGGGUAGAGAUCGACGAGAAGGGGGCUGUGGAGCCGGUGUGGCAGGCAUUUGAGCUGUUCAACUAG